AUUUUUCGGACUAAUUUAAAAAAAAAAAAAAAAAAAAAAAUUUUUAUUAUGGCUCAAAUUCGUAAAGAUUUAACUAAUGAUGCAAUUGAAGAAGCGUACGCAUUAACGGAUUUUGAUAUUCAAGAUAGUAUAGAGAAACGAUUUGAAUUUAGAAAACAAAUUAUUCUUAAAGAUGUACGUCUCUCAAAAGAUGAAAUAUCUUAUGCAGUAAAAUUAUUAAAUAAAGAUUUUGAUGAUCAUAAAAUCCUUUCAAAUGAAGGAAUUAAAAGAAUUUGUGAAAAUUGUAAAGAAAAAUGUUUAGCUACCUUUUAUUGUGAAUUCUGCGUUCGAAAUUAUUUAAAAAAUAAUUUUUCAAAUUGGACAUCGGAAAAUAAUGAUAUUGAUAAUUUAAUAAAAAAAUGUCAACUGGAAACAAUUACACCACAAAAGAUAGUAGAAUGGAUCCCAUAUAAUAAUUUUCAAAAUUUAAUAUGUUUGAAUAAAAGUGGAUGUUCGGAAAUUUAUACGGCAUAUUGGAUUGAUGGAUGUUAUGAUGAAUGGGAUUGUAAAGAAAAGAAAUUAAAAAGAUGUGGAGAACAAGAAGUUAUACUUAAAAAAUUAGAAAAUGUUAAAAAUGCUAAAAAAAGUUGGUUCGAUGAGGGUAAAAUUAAUUUACUUAUAAGUAAUAAAUGGAAUGACUUAGUACAAUGUUAUGGUUUUACUAAAGAUCCAAAGGAUGGAAAUUAUAUGCUUGUUUUAAAUAAAAUGGAUACGAAUUUAAGAAAUUAUUUGUCAAAAUAUCAUACUAAACUUACAUGGAAAGAAAGAAUUCAUAUUGCCUAUGAAAUAAUAAAUGCAGCUUGUGAAAUUUAUGAUGAAAAAGCAAUUCAUAAAGAUUUACAUUCUGGUAAUAUUUUAUAUAGUCAACCUAGAAAAAAGUUUUGUAUCAGUGAUCUUGGAUUUUGUGAACCUGCUGAUAAACCAUUAAAUAGCAUAUAUGGACAACUUCCUUACAUAGCACCUGAGGUUAUUGUUGGGAAAGAAAUUACUUUUGCAUCUAAUAUUUAUAGUAUUGGUAUACUUAUGUGGGAAAUAUCAUCAGGAACACAACCUUUUAUUAAUUAUGAACAUGAUUCUGAUCUUGCGAUGAAUAUAAUAAAUGGUAUGAGACCAAAAAUAGUACGAGGAACUCCUUUAGAGUACAGAAAAUUAAUGGAACAGUGUUGGAAUGCUGAUCCGAAAAAGAGACCUGAUAUAUAUACUCUUGAGGAUAAAUUAGACGUUAUGAGAUCAAAUCAAAAUUAUCAAUUAAAUUUUACAAAUAUCAAUAAUUUACCAUUAAAUGUAAAUUUUGGAAUAAACCCUAGCCUUACUAAAUUUUUAAUUAAACAUUCAACUAGUAAAAUUUACAAUUUUAAUGAUUUACCUGAUCCAAAAAAUGCUACAAAAGAAGAACAAGAAGCUUUUCAUAAUAUGCAAAAUAAUUUAAGUAUUUUAAAUGAUAACAAUUAUGAAACGAAAGGAAAAUCUAAAAGAAAUAAUUCAAAUGAUUCUGAUGUAGAAGACAAUGAAAUUAAUUCUAAGAAAUUAAAAGUAAAUCAUGUUAAAGAAACAAAUAGAGUUGGAUUCCAAUAUAUGCAAAGAAGUGCUGAUGAUAUAGAUGACACAAGUGAUGAUGAUGACGAUGAAGUACCUAUUCUUCCGAUUCUUCGUCAAGAAGUGUCGUAAAUUCUAGAAGGUAACCAUUAGAAAUUAUAAAUCAACUUAAGAAAGAUAUCUUUUUUUUUUUAAUUUCGUGAUUAUUAUUAGAAGGAUAAUUAAAUUUGAAUGAUAAUUUAUGUUUAAAUCUUAGAAUUAUUUAGCAAUAGUUCUUUUAGUCUGAAUUUUAAACGAUUUUAUUUAUUAUUCAUUAUUUAUUUAUUUAUUUUUUUUUUCGAAAUUGUUCAAA